GGACUUGUAGUUUCCCGCGGCAUUGUGGGAGUCGUGGUUCGGGCGCGCUCGGGUGCUGGAGCCUCCGCGGCCUGGAGCUUCUUCCUAAGGUGUCUGUCUCUUCUCCCCGCCCCCCACCACCAAGAGACCUGACCUGGGCUCCUGCUCAUGCGCUCACCCCACAGAGAUCGGAAGUGAAGUCACACAGGGCCGGCAUGAACUGGAAGGUCCUUGAGCACGUGCCCCUGCUGCUGUACAUCUUGGCCGCAAAGACAUUAAUUCUCUGCCUGGCCUUUGCCGGAGUGAAAGUCUACCAAAGGAAGAGGUUGGAGGCAAAGCAGCAACAACUGGACGCUGAGAAGAAGCAGCAGUCAGCGAAGAAAGACAGCUGAGGGUCGACGGCGCGGGGCGGGCAGCUGUGUGGUGAAUGGGUCUUUCUAGAUUUUGCCGUUCGAUGAGAGUUGGCAUGGACUCCAUGAAGAAAGAGCUGAGGAGAAAGGCGUGUCAGAGGAGAGACCCCCAGGGGCUUAACUUACAGCGAUCUGAAUUUUUGUACGCAUUUAACAAGAAGUAGUAUUUUAUUUACUCAAAUAA